UCCACGUAGAAAUCGAAGAUUUGUCAAUUCAACCUAUUUAUAGCUACGUCCCACCAUUAAUAAUUUUCUGUCUACAUACAUUCUACUCAUACUUUACAAUUCACAUCUCUGUUACGCAAUUCUCAACUCCAAUGGCUACCAACACUAAAGAAAUAGCAGUUGAUAUGACCCCUUUUUUCGUCAUCUACAAAGAUAACAGCAUCAAUAGAUUCCGUCCAUCAGAAAAUGCUCCACUUUGUGACGAUCCACAAGCCCCUGUUAAAUCCAAAGAUGUUGUAAUUCAACCAGAAACAGGGGUUUCUGUACGUGUAUUUCUCCCCAAGAUUACCGAUCCCAAACAGAAAAUCCCCGUUAUAAUUUACAUUCAUGGCGGUGCUUUCUGUAUUGGAUCAGCUCGUUCCCCUGUAUUCCAUAAUUUUAUCAGUUCUUUAGUUGAAAAGACUAAUUUUAUUGCUGUUUCAGUUGAUUAUAGACUUUGCCCAGAAAACCCUUUUUCCGCUACAUAUGAAGAUUCUUGGGAAGCUUUUCAAUGGGUGCUUUCACAUGUUAAUGGACAUGGCCCGGAUUCUUGGCUAAAUGAUUAUGCUGAUUUUAGCAAAGUGUUUAUUGGUGGAGAAAGUGCUGGAGCGAAUAUUGCUAAUGAUGUUGCUAUUAGAGCAGGGGUUAGUACUGAUCUUGAUUCAAAAGUUAAAAUUUUGGGGCUUUUUUUGGUUCAUCCAUAUUUUGGGAUAGAAAAUGAUUCGUUGUACGAGUUUUUGUGUCCGACAAGUGGUGGAAGUUUGGAGGAUCCGAGGGUAAAUCCAUUGAUAGAUCCGAGGUUAAAAUCUAUGGCGUGUAAGAAGGUUUUGUUUUUGGUGGCUGAGAAAGAUCUUCUGAAAAAAGGGACGAUGAAUUAUUAUGAAGGAUUGAAGAAGAGUGAGUGGAAUGGUGAUGUGGAGUUAAUGGAGACGAAAGGGGAAGGACAUUGUUUCCAUUUUUACAAUCCUUUGGCCGAGAAAGCUGUUGCGCUUAUGGAUAAACUAGUUGAUUUCUUGAAGCAAGAGUACUAGGUUUGGUUUAGGGUUAUCUUGCCUUUUUAAAUAACAUGCUUAUAUGAGCAUCAGUCUUUAUUUUGUGGUUCUUGUGAUUUGAAUUUUGAGCUCUAGUAGAUUUAAGACCAAAAAUCCUAAAAGUAGUUCACUUGGACAAGCUUUGCUUAUGUUUAUGUGAUGUGAUUACAAGUGGAAUAUCUAGAUGCAUCGAAGUUGGCAGGCCAGACACCAUUGUUAUAAAGUAUUUAUAUCUAUGUGAUGUAGUUACAUUUGAUA